AUGUGCAGCUACAUCAAGAGCACGCAGAAUGGUAUCGUGGUAUCUGACACAGAUGAGCGGUUGCACGAAGCCUUCGAGCGUUUGUGCGAGCACAUCAUCGCUGGGCGGCUACCAGUUCUACGGUUUGGCAUCCCCGGUCCGCGGUCUCUCGGUACUAUUGUUUGUACAGACGGCAAUAAAGAUUCCUGGUGCGGCAUCGUUCUGAGAGUGUACGAUGCGGACACGGAAGGGAACCAAAAAGACUCUGCCAUUGACGACGAGCACCUGAGUAACGCCGUUACGGAGUUAUUGAUGGUACUCAAGUCCAGUGGACGCUACAAGGCCACCAAUCUGUCCAUAGAGCCACUGAGGAUAGUGGGCGGCCGAUUCACGGCGACGGAAUCAACGAGCUCAUCCACGUGGAGGGAAAGGGCCGCCCAACUGAUGACUGUUCAUGAAGCUCAAGGAUAUCUGACGUCACCGGUAACUAUCGUCAGUGAUAAUAUGAAUGUUGGUCGGAGAUGGGGUGAUAUCCAAGACGUCUUCGGCGGCAAGUGGUUACCUUUAAUCGAUCUGUACAACCGCACGGUAACUGAUAUGGUGUGGGUACGGCGUGAUGGUCUACCAGCUUUCACUGAUGCACUAGCCAGAGUCUUCGCAGGGAGAGGAGAAUGCGAGGGGGCGACCCCAAAGGAUUCGAAAAAUCCCGAAAUGCGAAUCGACUCUGGCAACAUCGAGGUCGAGCUCAAUGCUGAAUCAGCAAUCAGGGUGUGA